UGUGUCAGUAUCUUUUACUCAAGGUUUUUCCACUUAUCUUAUCGCGACCUGAGUCACAAAUUUCUCAAAUCCAAAUUUUGCACCCUGUCUGUCACUUGGAUUCUCGGAAAACAACUCAUUCACCAUGUGUGGAAUCUGUGCAGUCUAUGGACUCGAAAAACCAGCCUCGGAACGCGCUCACUUCAUCGCACUCUCUAAGCGGAUACGCCAUCGUGGCCCUGACUGGUCCGGCUGCUUUGUAGGAAAAGAAAGUGUCUUAGUGCACGAACGACUCGCUAUUGUCGGGGUUGAUACUGGUGCUCAACCUUUGACUAGCCAGGAUGGGAAGCUGAUCUUGACCGUGAACGGCGAGAUCUACAACCAUAUUGCCUUGCGUGCAUCCUUGAAACAGGAAUACAAGUUUAAAACUCACUCUGAUUGUGAAGUUAUUAUUCCUCUGUAUCAAGAGCAUGGCAAAGAUCUUUGCAACAUGCUAGACGGAAUGUUUUCCUUUGUUCUCCUCGACGAAUCAGUCACUCCCAGUCGAAUUAUUGCUUCGCGGGACCCUAUCGGUAUCACCACCCUGUAUCAAGGCUGGAGUUCCAAACGUCCCGGAGCAGUAUAUUUCGCAUCCGAACUCAAAGCCAUCGUGGAUGAAUGCGAUACAAUUAUUUCGUUCCCUCCAGGACACGUCUACGAUAGUCGCGACGGAACAACGACGCGAUACUACCACCCAACCUGGUGGCACGGAGAUGAUGAGGGUCCCACUGCUACAAUUCCAACCACACCUACCAAUCUUACGCUCCUUCGUGAAGCUCUGGAGGCUGCAGUACGCAAACGGUUGAUGUCCGAAGUCCCAUACGGCGUCUUGCUUAGUGGUGGACUCGAUAGCAGUUUAAUUGCUUCCAUCGCAGCUAGAGAGACAGAAAAGGUCGCACAGGCUCAAUUCGAGGCUCGGAAACGAAAACUCGAAGAGGCUGUCAGUGGGCCGCCUACACCGACUGGCUUCAUUACAGAAGAAGCGACGCUAACAUCAUGGCCGCAACUACAUUCCUUUUCUAUCGGUUUAGAAAAUUCUCCUGAUCUUCUCGCUGCAAGGAAGGCAGCCCACUUCCUUGGAACCGUGCACCAUGAGUAUGUCUUCACCGUCCAAGAGGGUUUGGACGCCAUCCCAGAAGUAAUCUAUCACUUGGAGACCUACGAUGUCACCACUGUCCGUGCGAGCACUCCAAUGUACCUUUUGAGCCGAAAAAUCAAAGCCAUGGGUGUCAAAAUGGUCCUCAGCGGAGAGGGAAGCGACGAAAUUUUAGGAGGUUAUCUCUACUUCCACGCUGCCCCUGACAGGGUCGCGUUCCACCAGGAGACGGUGCGACGUGUGAAAAAUCUGCAUACUUCUGAUUGUCUUCGGGCGAACAAAUCGACGAUGGCUUGGGGACUUGAAGCCCGUGUACCUUUCCUGGACAAGGCCUUCCUUGAAGUCGCUAUGAACAUCGAUCCAAAGGAAAAGAUGUUCAGCAAGGGUCCUAGCCAGGAAGUCGAUGAGGAUGGAUGUCCAAAGAUGGAAAAAUAUGUCCUUCGAAAAGCAUUUGAUUGUGCACCAGAUGGCAAGCCUUACCUGCCUAAAUCCAUCCUCUGGCGGCAGAAGGAGCAAUUCUCCGAUGGUGUGGGAUACUCAUGGAUUGAUGGUAUAAAAGAUCAUGCAGCAUCUGUCGUCUCGGAUGAGGCCUUUGCCAAACGCGCCGAACGUUGGCAGGAAGGCACGCCUGAUACGAAGGAGGCUUAUUACAUUCGUGACAUUUUCGAUGGUCUCUUCCCGAGCGAGGCUGCUGCUAAAACUGCUGUGCGCUGGGUACCUCGUGGUGACUGGGGAUGCGCCUCGGACCCAUCUGGUCGAAGUGUCAGUAUCCAUAACGCGGCAUACCAAAGCAGUGGAAGUAGUGAUUGAAAGGAGCCCCAAAGCAGCAUAUAGUGAUACAGCCAAGUCUAAGUAAGUAGCGUGUUAGAAGAAGAGAGAGAAAGAGAAAUAUAUAUGAUAGUUCGUAUAUUGAACAUGCGGGGUAUUUGGCCAUUGACGAAAUUACCAAUAGAGGGGGAAAAAACUGAGGGAACGUAUCGUAAGCGUAAACAUCGAUAUAGCAGAUA